UCCUACUGUGGAGGACACCCUCCCCUUAUUGCAGCCUGCAGUAAAACAGAAGCAGAUUUAGUGGGAGGAUCCAGUGUGUCAGUUUCACUGGAAAGAUAUUUGUAUCUCUGGUUAUAAUACAGUGCAGUGGGUACGGAAGCCAAGCUUAGAAGAAGUCGUUUAUAAAAGCAGUUAUGGCAGCUAUUCGGAAAAAGCUGGUUAUAGUUGGUGAUGGUGCAUGUGGAAAGACCUGCUUGCUUAUAGUCUUCAGUAAAGACCAGUUUCCUGAGGUUUACGUGCCUACAGUCUUCGAAAACUACAUUGCAGACAUUGAAGUUGAUGGAAAACAGGUGGAGUUGGCUCUUUGGGACACAGCAGGUCAGGAAGAUUAUGACAGACUCAGACCACUGUCCUAUCCGGACACAGAUGUCAUCCUCAUGUGUUUCUCGAUCGAUAGUCCAGACAGCUUAGAGAAUAUUCCUGAAAAAUGGACUCCAGAAGUGAAGCAUUUUUGCCCCAAUGUGCCUAUUAUCCUAGUUGGAAAUAAAAAGGACUUGAGAAAUGAUGAUCACACAAGGAGAGAACUGGCAAAAAUGAAACAGGAGCCUGUCAAACCUGAAGAAGGCAGAGACAUGGCAAACAGGAUCAGUGCAUUUGGCUACUUGGAGUGUUCUGCAAAGACAAAAGAGGGUGUUCGGGAAGUGUUUGAGAUGGCCACGCGAGCUGCCUUACAAGUCAGGAAACACAGGAAAAAGAAGCCUUGUCUCAUCUUGUAAAAUAAUGGGAUUCUAUCUCAGUACUGUAUCUUGUCUCGUUUCCUACACAAAUGAAGUAACUGUACUGGAUGUGCUGUGGUUACUGAUGCCUAAUAAUUGGACUUGUGGGACCAGUAAUGAUCAUUCUCAUUCCAGAAGUAUGAAUGUAAAAGCACAGAUGUUUGGGAGGUGCCAGUAUUUAUUUUUAGGCUAUACAUGCAUUUGCCCUCCAUAUCACAUUUAAUUUUUACAUGUUUAAUACAGUUUGUUAGAUUCCUUCAAAAAAUUCAUUCUUUGACUUUGUUUACCUGUUUGAAGAGUUGUAUUUUAGUACUGGAACUCCCAGCCUUACAGGCAAAAUGAUCCAUCAUCAUGCACUUUGGAGAUUUUUUCCUUAAUUAAGAUGCACAUUGUAAUCUAAGAUUACUGUCAUGGUUUGUCUGCAUCAACUGUUUGAUUUAUUGGUGUUUCUUUUCUUCGUGUCCUCUUUACUAAAGUGUACAUACUUUAUAGGUAACUUAUAAAGUUUAAAUGGAUUUAAUUACCACUGCUAAAGGCACACAUUGCGCACCAGCAUUUUAUAUCUACUGCAAAAAAGUCAUGUCUCUUAAUGUUUUCCUUUCCAGGAUGCUUGCCAAACUUCAGAUUUGUUAAGAAAUGUAGCCAAACAGACUUGGCUGUUUCAUUGUCACAUUUUGUCCAAGCGGUAUGCUCUGCUUGUGUUAUAUGUGAGCCUCUGAAUGUAGUGAAAAUAGAUUUAUUUCUUCAGAGAAACUUAAAAACUUUUGAGAUUGAAAUUGUAAAGUAUGCAGACUUAUAGAAAAUAAAACUAAACAUUUUGCUAAGCACA